AAUAACUGUCAAACCACAGACCAGGAGGCCUUGUGAAGAAAUAAAAUACAAAAGUUUUAAAAUCAUGUCUGUGUUGUGACAUGUACUCUAAGAAGAUGAGGUCUGGGAUGGAAGUAAGCUAAAGAAUUUCUGGAACAAGUGAACUCAAAGAAAUGUUUAAAUAUGUAUAAUCUUCAAGAAUAUGCAUUUGAUAAAUUGUCUUGGGUUGCAAUGCAAGCUGUAACCAAAACUAUCUAUUCGAUUACCAUCUGUUAAAACCAGGUGGGGCAGUGUUCUUUAUCUGUUCCAUGACCCAUCCCUCAUAUCUCCAAGGCUGGGUAUCUUCUGUUAAUGGGCCCACUGUUAAAACCAGGCAGGGCAGUUUUCUUUAUCUCUUCCAUGACCCAUCCUCCCUCCAGGGGAAUAUCUUCUGUUAAUGGGCCAUUGAGUCUCCCUGCAUGGCUGAUAAAAUUUCAUCAUCCCAUUGUGAGAUGCUCCACCCACAGGGAGGAGCCAGGCAUUCCUACCUGGAUAUAAUCUGAGAUGGGAAACACCAGAAGCAGCCUGUUUCCACUGGAUUCCCAGAGGAAGACCAGACCCAUCUACACCAGCACUGGACCUUCAGAGGACAACUACACCCUUCUUUCAUUGCUUUCAUUGCUUCAACAAAAGCACAUUUUUGACUCCAGGAGGAUGCAGCCACGAUUUGAUUGGACUGCUACCAACACCCUGAGUAACCAGGAUUUCUCAUUCCCAAACCUUGGCCAGAUGGAGAAGGAGGCUGUGAGGAAGAGGAAGAUGCCCUGGGAUCCUCAGGCAGACAAGGAGCUGAGGAUGGAGAUCAGGGAGGAUAAAUCCCUGCAGCAGAACCUCAUGGAAGAGGCUGUUUUGAGUGGAUCUACAGCACAGGAAUCCAACAGGGAGGAAAAGCGCCAGAGAUGUCACAUGAGGAGGGGCUCCAAACACAUCCAAAGGUCCUCUGAUGAGGAAAUACCCACCCUGUGCCAGGAACGUGGCCGGAGAUCCAGCGAGAGCUCAGACCUCAUGACCCAUGAGCAGCGUCAUGACAAAGAGAGGUGCUAUGAGUGCUUGAAGUGUGGGAAGAGCUUUAGCCAGAACUCCUCCCUGAUCCGCCACCAGAGGAUCCACACUGGGGAACGGCCCUACCAGUGUGGGGAAUGUGGGAAGGGCUGCAGAGACAGCUCUGACCUGAUUGUGCACAUGAGGAUCCAUAAUGGGGAGAGGCCCUAUGAGUGUGCGGAGUGUGGGAAGAGCUUCAGCCACAGCUCCAACUUGAAUGUCCACAAGAGAACCCACACUAGGGAGAGGCCCUACGUCUGUGGGGAAUGUGGGAAGAGCUUCAGACACGGCGCCGAACUUACUCGCCACCAGAGGAUUCACACUGGGGAGAGGCCCUACGAGUGUUCCCAGUGUGGGAAGAGGUUUCAGACCAGCUCCCAUCUCCUCGUGCACCAGCGCAUUCACACAGAGGAGAGGCCCUUCCGCUGCCCUGAAUGUGGGAAGGGCUUCAAGCACAACUCCAACCUCAUCACCCAUCAGCGCAUCCACACUGGGGAGAGGCCCUACGAGUGUCCCCAGUGUGGGAAGAGCUUCACCCAGAGUUCAAACUUCACCCGACACCAACAGAGGCACCGGUAAGAGAAGCCCUGUGAGUGCUCUGAUUGCUGGAAGAGCUCUAUAUGCGUCUCAAACAUAGUCCCCCAUCAGAAGACCCAUAUUUCCCAUGAUCCAUGCUGGGAAGUCACCUGUCCCUCUCUCUGCCAUUCUCCAUGGGACUGAUGUGAGGUGGGAUUGAAGAACUUCAGAACUUGAGAGUCUGGCCAUGGACUCGUCAUUGUAUUUGAUCUCACCUCAGGUCAUUGCCAGGGACAGGAAAGGGACUCUCUCUCUUGCCCAAGGAGAAGGGUGUCCUAUCCAGGCAGGAGGAAAUACAUGGCCAGAAAGAGUCAGUUGGUGUUGGUAUUGAUUUCCCUGUGUAUUGUUUGUCUUAUCCUUUCUGUUAUCAAUCAUAUUUCUGUUCCCAUUUGUUCCUUAUCUUGUUGCUGUUCCCAGUAAAUUGUUCUUCUCCCAGCCUGGCAUCUUUGCCUUUUGUACUUUCAGGGGGAGGCUGGAGGGCAGCGAGCGGCAGCACGGUUUUAGCAGGAGCAGGAAAUUGGGGAAUCCCAUUCCUAAAGCCCGGCCCAUGGAAACCGAGCAUCCCAGCUGGUGCCAGCCCUGGCUGCCCUGGCAAGAGCCUUGGGAGCGGGUCCCUGGCUGGGGCUGUGGGAGCCUCUUCCCUCUGGUGCCCAGGGACAGGAGUGCAGGAACGGCUGGAGCUGAGUCGGGGCAGGUUUGGCUUGGAUGUGAGGAGAAGGUUUUUCCCCCAGAGGCUGCUGGGGCACUGAACAGGCU